GCAGUUCUUGACCAAUGAGAUGAUCAUUUCUCAGUUUGCAGUGGAGUCCGCCUGCAGAGCAGCACCCUGGGGACAGUUUGCAGUACUUGGGUAGACAAAUGAUGAGAUAAUGCCGGCUGAGAAGCCCAAAGCUCCAGGGACAACCGCCUCCCGACUGUUCGCACUGCCUUCGCUGACAGGAUUUAAAAACCAUGACCCCACCAAGUCCAAAGCACCAAGCUACACGUUGAGCGGUCGCUGCCCCAGAACCAAACAACACGUCUCACCCGGACCGGCGCACUUUGUCCCUUCCAACAUCACCAAAAACGGGAGAGAUGGAACUCCGGCCUUUUCAUUCGGCAGACGGCGAAAGGAUCCGGCCCGCGCCGUCAUCCCUGCACCCAACUGUUACAGCCUUGAGAACGCAGAGAAGUACACUCAUCGCUCUUCUCCUGCGUACACUUUAGCUACCAGGAGGAAGCAACAUGUAAACAGCAACCAAACCGGACCCGGUCCAGCUUCCAACAUGCUGCCGCCUGUUAUGGGACCUAAAACCGUCAACAUCGCUGCAGGGCCUGCACACACCAUCCUCGGCCGCAGUAAAGUCGGGAACUUUUUUAACGACUUGUCAAAGUCUCCAGGCCCUGCAGCCUAUCAAUCUACAGAACUCAAAACUUACCUGAGAAAAUCACCAGAGUACAGCAUGCCAGGCCGAAAGUUCCUACCUCAAAAUUCUACACGGACGCCAGCACCUGGAGUGUAUUGUCCUGAGAAGGUUACGUCCAAUUCUUCAAAAGCUCCAGCCUUCAGCUUUGGAAGAUAUCACUCGGAAAAAACCAUCAUCCCCCUUACGGCUCUGGAUAAAAGUCAACAGUCGAUAACAAUCAGUUAACUUGAAAGGGUUUACUCUGCAUUGUCUUACACCAUGUACAGUAUAUUGGUGUAAGUCGGAAUGAUCCAGGUGUUCAAGUUGAAAAACCACUCGGCUUUUUCAAUGCAUUUACAAAACAAACCUUAUAUGUCUUUGGUUUGGAUCAGGGGUCCCCCAACUACAGCUCAUGGGCCAGAUACCGCCCGACAAUGUCCAAAAUCCGGCCCGCGCCCGUCCAGAGUAAUUUUUUUCAAAUUAUGGUUAUUUUAAUCUGUCCUUUCUAGCUAAUCCAUCAAUCUGUUUUCUACCGCUUGUUAACUCUCGGGGUCUCCAAGCUGCUCAGGCAAAUUAUGUUGUCUAAAAAUGCAUUUUCCCAUCCAUAAGGUGACGUCAUCGCACUCGACCCCGAGACUGCGGCGCAAGCUCGUGGCAAGUGUGCGCUCUUUCAGUCAAUUAGUGCACGAGGGUAAAAAAAUGGCGAAAUUGUUGGGGAAAUGUAAAAAUAGACUCAGAGUGUAGAGUUUUUAAACAUCAGUGGAGAUGACUUUUUUGU